UUCCAAGCCCGCGCCCGUUUCUCCCGUGCCCGCCCCGUGCCGUCCUCUCUCACCUAGCCCGGGCACCGGCCCAGCUGUCACACCCCCUCCCGUCCCGGACGGAGCCAUCUUUUUAAAAUGCAAAUCUGGCUUUGUCGACUCCCUACUUCACCCCUGCUGCGGCUUCCUGUGCCCUCGGGCCAAAGCCUGCCCCGCGGCCCCGGCUCCUGGGACCUGUGGCGGGUCGCCCCUCCCCCUCACCACUCCGGCCCUCCCGCACCCGCUGUGCGCCCCCCAGCUCCUCCUCGAGACUGUUUGCCCCCUCAGCUCCCCGCUCCUGCCCCGCACGCCUCCCACCUGCCCUCCCAGCGCUCACCACCGUGUUGUAACUACACGCGCCUUGCCACUAGACUCCAAAGCUGAAGAGUGCAGCUAGCGUAGGCCUUGCUGUCCCUGUACGCCCAAGUGCCCCGCACAGCCGUGGCCUCCUGUGGGAGCUCAGGCCGUCUGUGCCCAAACCCCCGAGUGCCCCCGGCACCACCAUGACCGGGCCGCUGAAGAGGAAGUUUGACCAGCUGGAUGAGGACUCCUCCUCGCUCUGCUCCUCCUCCUCCUCCCUGUCGUCCUCGGGCCGCCAUUCUCGCCCCUGCUCCCCGAGCUCUUCCGUCUCCCUGGCCUGGGACUCAGAUGAGGAGGGCCCCUGGGAUCAGAUACCCCCGCCUGGCCGUGACUUCUGUGGCCCCCGGAGUUUCACCCCCGCCUCCAUCCUCAGGAGGGCUCCCCGGAAGCGCCCCGGCCGCGUCGCCUUCGACGGCAUCACCGUCUUCUACUUCCCUCGCUGCCAGGGCUUCACCAGCGUGCCCAGCCGCGGCGGCUGCACCCUGGGCAUGGGCCCUCGCCACAGCGCCUGCCGCCGCUUCUCCCUGGCCGAGUUUGCACAGGAGCAGGCGCGGGCGCGGCGCGAGAAGCUGCGCCUGCGCUUGAAGGAGGAGAAGCUGGAGGCCCUGCGGUGGAAGCUCACAGAGGCCGGGGUGCCCGAGACGGAGGCCAGCCUGCCGCUCACAGUGGACGCCAUUGACGAUGCCUCCGUGGAGGAGGACCUGGCCGCGGCCGUGGCGGGCGGCCGGCUGGAGGAGGUGACCUUCCUGCAGCCGUACCCGGCCCGGCGCCGGCGGGCUCUGCUGCGGGCCGCAGGCGUGCGGAGGAUCGACCGCGAGGAGAAGCGGGAGCUGCAGGCGGUGCGCCAGUCCCGCGAGGACUGCGGCUGUCGCUGUGAUCGCGUGUGUGACCCCGAGACCUGCAGCUGCAGUCUGGCGGGCAUCAAGUGCCAGAUGGACCACACCGCCUUCCCCUGCGGCUGCUGCCGGGAGGGCUGUGAGAACCCCAAGGGCCGCGUGGAGUUUAACCAGGCGCGGGUGCAGACGCAUUUCAUCCACACGCUCACCCGCCUGCAGCUGGAGCAGGGCGCCGAGGGCCUGGGGGCGCUGCAGGCUCCCGCCCAGGGCGGCCCAGCCAGCCCCGGCGAGCAGGUGCCGGGCGCCGCCUUCCCGCUGGCCCAGCCGCCCCCCAGCAGCGAGCUGGGGGGCAACAGCUGUAGCAGUGACAUGACCGACUCCUCCGCGGCUUCAGGCUCCAGCGAGGCCCCCGGCGGCCCCGCCCACCCAGCCCUGCCCGGCCCUGGCUUCCAGCCCGACGCGCAUGAUGACAGCCUGGCCCGGGUCCUGAGUCUCAGCGACUCGGACCUGGGAGGAGAGGAGGACGAGGACGGGGGCGUGGGGGCCCUCGACAACCUCAGCUGCUUCCACCCCGCUGACAUCUUUGGCACUGGUGACCCGGGUGGCCCGGCCAGCUGGACCCACGGCUAUGCGAGCUGCAGCCUCGCGCCGGGCAUCCUGGAUGAGAAUGCCAACCUGGAUGCCAGCUUCUUCCUCAACGGCGGCCUUGAGGGGCUGGGGGAAGGCAGCCUCCCUGGCACCUCGGGGCUGCCCAGCUCGGACGCGGGCCACAGCAGCUCCGUGGACCUCAGCUUGUCCUCCUGCGACUCCUUUGAGCUGCUCCAGGCCCUGCCAGACUACAGUCUGGGGCCUCAUUACAGCUCCCGGAAGGUGUCCGACAGCCUGGAUAACCUCGAGGCACCCUGCUUCCCCUUGCCCGCCUUUUCCCCCCCGGGGGACGCCGGCGCUUGCUUCCUGGAGUCCCUCAUGGGCCUGCCUGACUCGGCCGCCGAGGCCCUGGCCCCCUUCGUCGACAGCCAGUUGCUUGAGGACACUGCCCCGGCAUCGCUGUUGGAGGCGGUGCCCGUGUAAGGACCGGGCCACCUCCCCCUGGCCCCGAGAGCCCUGCUGCUGCUCUGUUGUGAUUUGGGGGCUCCCUGAGGUCUGUAGGUAAGGGCCUCCCGUUGGCUGGCUCGCCCAGGUGGGCGCCCCUGAGUUUGCGCAACACUCUGGAUUGAUUUAUUUAUUUUUGUAAGUUUCUGUGCUGGAGCGGGGGGAGGCUCUCUCCCUUUUCCCCCACCCGGCCACCUCCUCCCCCCCCCUCCAAGCCCGCACAGCCUCGACUUCCACUUCCACGGUUCUCUGUGCCGGGAAUAGGACACAGGACUCCCCUGGGGCUUUGCGGACCCCCUUCCCGUCUGGCGUGAUGUUCCUUAGCCCACAGUCAGCAGGACAGGGCUGAAGUCAGCCCCUUCUUCCGGCUUCUCCUGCCGUCCUGAGCCGCAGACCCGUGGGGGGCUGCAUUCUCUGGACUGUGAAGACUAUAAUUUAUUUCCAUAAUUUAUUUGGAGACUAGGAGGUGUAGGCUUCUCCCGUCUGAAUGGCGGGCAGUGCUGGGGUGGGGGUGGGGCACGGACCCCUGUGAGUUCCUUUUGCCUUGUCGCGGAUCCCUGCCCUACAUGGGCGGUGGUAUGAGCCAGGUGUGGCUUUGGGCACCACGGUCUGGUGUGGCAGCUGCCUGGCUCCGGGUGGCUGAGGACAGUGUCCAGGUAGGGGGCUGGGUGGGGCUGACCAACCGUGACCAAACCCUGCCCCACGCAGCGCCCUCUGUUUCCUGUCCUCUGCUUCAUCUGCCUCCUCCCUAAAGGCCACAGCCUUUAUUCUGGGCCCGUCGAUGUAGAAGGGAAGCGGGAAGCCCAGAGAGGGCGAGGGGCUCGCUUCGGGGCCCAUGGCCCACCCCUGACCGCUAUGUCGGGGCCCCCAGGCGCUGCACGCCAGCCGGGCCACUGCCUGUGCCCUGGGGCCCUCUGGCUGGGGUGAGGGGUGGCCCCUCGUGGCUUUUGUGCCCUUUAUUCGCUGAUGUUGAGUUUUGCAUCCUAAUUUCUGUAUCGUCCCUGAGUGUUACAACUUUAUAAUUUAUUCAUUCUCUCUCUGUCUGUGCCAAGAGCCCAGGCUGUGGGCCUUCUUGCCUCGGAGGCCUCGGCGGCCCACGUGCUCGUGGGAACACCUUGUACCUGAGCGAACAGGUACCAAUAAAGAGGCUCUAUUUUUAACA